AUGGUGGUGGCAUUGCUGAAUUUGAUAGUGUUGGUGUGUUUGGGCAUGUCACUUAUGAUGUUUGUUGAGAGAAUGUAUUUAGGAGUUGCCAUUUGCUUUGUGAAGCUAUUUGGUAGAAAACCAGAGAAGCGUUACAAAUGGGAGCCUAUUAAAGAUGACAUUGAAUUUGGAAACUCCACUUACCCUAUGAUUCUUGUUCAAAUACCAAUGUAUAAUGAAAGGGAGGUUUAUCAAUUAUCAAUUGGUUCAGCUUGUGGACUUUCUUGGCCUUCAGAUAGGAUCAUCAUACAAGUUCUUGAUGAUUCAACUGACCCAACAAUCAAAGAGUUGGUAGAAGUUGAAUGUGCAAAAUGGGAAAAGAAAGGAAUUAACAUAAAGUAUGAAUAUAGAGGCAAUAGAAAUGGAUACAAAGCUGGGGCCUUAAGAGAUGGAAUGAAACUAAGUUAUGCAAAACAAUGUGAUUAUGUUGCUAUCUUUGAUGCUGAUUUUCAACCUCAACCUGAUUUUCUUUGGCGCACUAUUCCAUUCCUAGUCAACAAUUCUCAAUUGGCUUUAGUACAAGCAAGGUGGAAAUUUGUGAAUGCCGAUGAAUGUUUGAUGACUAGGAUGCAAGAGAUAUCACUGGAUUACCACUUCAUUGUGGAACAAGAAGUAGGGUCUUCCAUGUAUUCCUUUUUUGGCUUCAAUGGGACUGCUGGUGUAUGGAGAAUUAGAGCCAUCAAUGAGGCCGGUGGAUGGAAGGAUAGGACCACGGUGGAAGAUAUGGACCUUGCUAUUCGAGCCACUCUCCAAGGAUGGAAAUUUUUAUAUCUACAUAAUUUACAGGUUAAAAAUGAAUUGCCAAGCACUUUAAAGGCUUACCGCUACCAACAACACCGAUGGUGUUGUGGACCAGCCAAUCUUUUCAGGAAAAUGUUCAUAGAGAUUAUUACAAACAAGAAAGUGUGUUUAUGGAAGAAGAUACAUGUGAUUUAUAGCUGCUUCUUUGUUCGGAAGGUUGUGGCUCACUUCAACACAUUUGUGUUUUAUUGCAUUGUGUUGCCAUCAACAGUUUUGGUUCCUCAGGUUGUUGUGCCAAAAUGGGGUUCUCUAUAUCUUCCUUUCAUCAUCACAAUUCUAAAUGUACUUGCAAGUCCAAGGUCACUCCACUUACUAGUUUUCUGGAUAGUGUUUGAGAAUACAAUGUCUCUUCAUAGAACAAAGGCAACAAUAAUUGGCUUAAUAGAGGGUAGUCGAGUCAAUGAAUGGAUUGUCACUCAAAAACUUGGAGAUCCACUCAAAGGUAAAAUUGACAAUAAUAAACCACACAACAAGCCUGGAUUCAUCAGAAUAAGAAACAGGAUCCACAUGUUGGAACUUGUUGUUGGAUUAUACUUAUUCUUCUGUGGCUGCUUUGAUCUCUUGCUUGGGACAAAACGCUUCUUCAUAUUCCUUCACAUUUAA